AUGUCAGACGCACCACCAUCCUACGAGGCGGCAACAAGCUCCACCGGCGCAUCCGCCGCACAGCACCGCGCCCGCAAUGGCAUUCCAGCAGAACGCCGCCGCAGCAUGGAAGACGAGGCCCGUCCUCUUCCCGCCGGCUGGGUCCGACAGUACGACUCCCAGAACGAGCACCAGUUCUUCGUCGACACGCACGCCGACCCGCCGCGCUCCAUCUGGCACCACCCUUUCGACGACGAGCAAUACCUCUCCACCCUCGCGCCCGACGAGCGCGAGAACGUCACCCGCUUGCACCACAGCAUCAGCCUCCAAGACAUCGCCGCCGAGAGCAGCGGCAGCGACGACGACAACGACCACAACAAGCAAAACAAGAAAGCGGCGGCGGCGGCGGGAAAGUCAUCGGGCAGCAACGACGCCGGCGAGGUCCACGGGCUGCACAAGCUCGGCCGGCGCAUCAAGGACCGCGUCACGCACACCGACCACCAGCAGCGCGUGGCCGAGCGCGAGAAGCGCGCCGAGCGCGAGCGCCAGGCCUACGCCGCGCACCUGGCCGCCCGCCGCGCCCUCUCGCGCGCCAUCGAGACGGGCGAGCCGCAGUUCCUGUGCAAGGACCGCGACGGCAAGGACGUCUACAUCGUGCCGCCGCCCGGCAUCUCGCAGCUGCGCCAGCCCUUCCCUUCCGGCGCCUAUGGAUACAACCCGUACAACAAUGGCCCGUUUGCCAACCCCGGCGCCCGGUACCUGCGCCCGCAGACGCCGUACUCGAGGCCCUAUGGCUAUGGAUAUGGUGGCGGCUAUGGGUUCCCGUUGAUGGGCGGCUUUUUGGGAGGCGCGAUGCUGGGUAGCUUGAUGUUUUAG